AUCGUAUCUCCCUCACAGACACUUUUGGGUGCAGCAGAGAUCAGUUACUAUUCUGUAAUUCUUCCAUGUUUAUGAGUGAUUUCUCCCCUAGUAGUAAUCCUGGGAAAGCCUGGAGAACUCUUCGAUGGUAUCUUCGAUUGCAUCCAUGAAAUCACCGCUGCUCUCGCUUUCGCUAGGAUGAGCGACUCCGCUUACAGAGUUGAAACCACUUCGCGUCUCGCUCAAUGGAAGAUCGAAAACUUGGCUUCCUUCACCUACAGGAAAUCCGAUCCUUUCAAGAUCGGAAACUGGAAUUGGCAUUUAGCAGUGGAGAAGAAUCGAACAUUGUCUAUUAAAUUAUAUCCAGAGAUUUCAAACCUAACGAGAGAGAAACCCCCAAUUGCUUCCUUCAUUAUUCGAGUUCUCUGCUCUGUGGGAGAUCGCAAGGCUCUUAUUCACCCAGAGAUAACAGAUAAGCAGAUAAAGAACAACGACGAUUUUGUCUGGACGAUCGAGACUCCGUUGACAGGGAAGUUCAUCAUCGAUGUUGAGUUUCUUGAUCUGAAGGCCGCAUCUCCAAACGGUGGUGAACCUUGUUCCAUCUGGGCCGAAGGAUUCAUCCAUAAACAGUCAAAUGCAGCAGCUUUAGGAUCCCUUGGCCAAAUGUUAACUGAAUGCAUACACACAGAUAUAACAAUCAAUGCCUCUGAUGGGAGCAUUGGAGCGCAUCGUGCUGUCCUUGCAGCACGAUCCCCUGUCUUCCGGAGUAUGUUUGCACAUGACCUCAAAGAGAAGGAACUAUCAACCAUAAACAUCUCUGACAUGUCAAUCGAUGCUUGCUUGGCUUUCCUGAAUUACAUCUAUGGAAACAUCCAACAUGAUCAGUUUCUCACCCACCGGCUAGCACUCCUUCGUGCAGCUGAUAAGUAUGACAUCUCAGACCUGAAAGAGACAUGCCAUGAGAGCCUUUUAGAAGACAUUGAUAAUAAGAAUGUACUUGAGAGACUACAGAUUUCAUCUCUUUAUCAAUUACCAAAACUAAAGAGCAGUUGUAUGAGGUAUCUUGUGAAGUUUGGUAAGAUAUUUGACAUUCAAGAUGAUUUCAAUAGCUUUCUGCAAUGUGCAGACAGAGAACUCAUAGCAGAGAUCUUCCAUGAGAUUCUUGCAACUUGGAAAGGUUUCUGAAACAGUGCUGAAGUAUUAAAGAAGUGUUCAUGUGAUUUCGUUUUCUGUGUAUUACAUUUAUGGCUGGACAGAAUUCUUUCUGCAGGAUUUGUUUCAUGUAAGACAUUCUUUUGUUCAGGAUACUUGUUUAGAUGAUGAUGUAUACCUGAACUCGAUUGAUAGAAGAAAUGUAAAUGAAGGUGUAUGUAACCUUGAACUAGAUUGUUGAUUACAAGAAAUGUAAAUGAAGAUCAAAUGUUUGUUUGUAG